ACUGAAUUUCACAUCACCAGAAGACAAUAGAGAAACUCCUUAACUACUCUCUUAAUCUUUGAUUUACUUCUCUCCGAUGGCUUCUUCUCGCUUUCUUCUUGCCUCCCUUCUCUUGAUUGUGCUCGCUAGCUAUGUUGUCGAUGCACAUAGGGUUCUUGAGUCCCAAAAGUUGAUGAGCAAAGGGCUAGGAGCUUCUGCUGGCAUAAAUUGCGGAGGACUAUGCGCGAUAAGAUGCAGCAAAUCAUCGAGGCCAAAUCUCUGCAAGAGAGCUUGCGGGACUUGUUGUGCAAGAUGCAAUUGCGUGCCUAAGGGAACUUACGGAAAUGAAGAUUCAUGUCCGUGCUAUGCAACCAUGACUACUCAUGGAGGAGUGCACAAAUGCCCGUAGGAUGAAGAAAGAUGAUUAGUUGAAGUUGUUGUAGGUCUUGAAUAGGAAAAAUAUGGGAUUUGGUUAUGUGAAUGUUUUAUGUUUGAUUUGAGUUUGAUUAUAAAAUAAGGUUGGCUAAUCGGUCAACUGCUUAUUAAAUGUACCUAUGCACGAACUUUAUGAAUGAAAUUAAAUGCAUUUAUGUUUA